AGUGGUGGCAGCCGCGGCUGCGGGAGCGGCCGCCGCGCGGGCUGAUGACGCGCAGGCGCGGCGGGGCGGGGCGCGAGCUGAUGACACGCCAGCACGCGCGGCGAGCCGGGAAGCAUGGCGUCGGUGGCGCUAAGCGAGGCCGAGAAGAUCUACAUCGUUCACGGAGUGCAGGAAGACCUUCGGGUGGAUGGCCGUGGCUGUGAGGAUUACCGGUGCGUUGAAGUGGAGACUGAUGUAGUGUCUAACACCAGUGGCUCGGCCAGAGUCAAGCUGGGUCACACAGAUAUCCUGGUGGGAGUGAAAGCAGAGAUGGGGACACCGAAGCUGGAGAAACCAAACGAAGGCUACCUGGAGUUCUUUGUUGACUGCUCGGCCAACGCUACCCCAGAAUUUGAAGGGCGAGGAGGGGAUGACCUUGGCACGGAGAUCGCUAACACCCUCUACCGGAUAUUUAACAACAGGAGCAGCGUGGACCUGAGGGCCCUGUGCAUCAGUCCCCGGGAGCACUGUUGGGUUCUCUAUGUGGACGUGCUGCUGCUGGAGUGUGGUGGGAAUUUGUUUGACGCUAUCUCCAUCGCUGUGAAGGCCGCUCUCUUCAACACAAGGAUACCGAGGGUUCGUGUUCUGGAGGAUGAAGAGGGGGCGAAGGACGUUGAACUGUCUGAUGACCCUUAUGACUGCAUCCGACUGAGUGUGGAGGAUGUCCCCUGCACCGUCACCCUCUGUAAGAUUGGCUGCCGGCACGUGGUGGACGCCACGCUUCAAGAGGAGGCCUGUUCUUUGGCCAGCUUGCUGGUGUCGGUGACCAGCAAGGGAGUUGUGACAUGCGUGAGGAAGGUGGGGAAGGGAAGCCUGGAUCCUGAGAGCAUCUUUGAGAUGAUGGAGUGAAUCCCUGUCUCGGAAAUCAAGGUGAAGAGUGAAGAGGAAGACACCUGACGUUGACCUGUGGCUUCCGGGAACACAUAACAGGACAUAAUGGGCAGCGUGCCUGGAUGCAGCGGUCAGCUCUCAUAUGGCCAACAAGGCCACAUCUCAGAGGAGGGAAGGAUGUUUUUUAAGGAUUGACUUAUUUAUUUUAUGCAUAUGAGUGCUCUGUCUGCUUGUACACCUGCAGAAGAGGACAUCAGAUCCCAUCAUAGAUGGUUGUGAGCCACCAUGUGGUUGUUGGGAAUUGAACUCAGGACCUCUGGAAGAGCAGCCAGUGCUCUCUAGCCCCUGAGCAAAGGAUAUUUCAAAGACCUUUGUGUGGAACUCCAAGCAUUUGAGCUCAAGAGUAGUACAAACACAGCACUUCUCAUUUUUAUCAUUAAAGCAAGCAAAACAUAAGGUGGCAUUUACAGUUACCUUAAGAAGAUACACAUACAGAGAGAGAAUACACCUGUUGUUAUGUCUUACCAUCUUUGGUCUUCCGAAGAGACAAGAAUGUACCUCCCAGAGCUUUGUCUUUCCCACAGAGAUGACGUGGAUGUGUCCGGGCAUUCCCUUCAGUCCUUGCUUUUAAGUGCCUUCACUUGUUACAGUUUAUAUGGUUCUUUAUAGAAGGCCACCUUGUGGGAAGAACAAUCUAUCCUCUGCCAUAGUUCGUAGCUUUCUUACACAGGCUUCCACACUCAGGUGUAGGCAGGCUGUGAAAACAUUUCUCCCCGGCUGUGCCUUCCAGCUCAGGCUGCAGGUGUCCCCUGCAGGAGGAGAGGGUGGUUGCCUAGACUGCUCUGAGAAUCUGAGGGGCAGAGGUACAGGAGUGUCAGUAUCCAUUAGCUCUUGCUCUCUGCACUCCUUUAAGCAGCCUGGUGUUAGGUUUCUCUACAAGCUGUUAGGAUGCAUUAGGAGUCUCACCAAAGACCUCUUUAGACCAGAGGAGCUCACACCUUCCCUUGAAGAGGGCUUACUCCAGAGAACUUAAUGGGAAACCAGGUGUUUUAACAAUUGCCAAGAUUUGGUGUGCGCCAUGCCAGGGUGGUUCUUAUGUUUUCACAGUCUGCUGUCCUCCCUCCACAGCUGGGCACAGUUUUGACAUCUGAGGCAGAGGAUAAGCAGGUCCUGCAGCUGUGCCUCCAGGGCGGCCGGCCUCUGUUUGCCUUGUGUGCACUCAGCGCUGCCGAGGCUGGGAACUUAGCUCCCUCAGUGAGCUAGACCUGAGCUGCCCUGACCUGACAGUGGGGUCCGCAAACGUGGCUCAAAGAGCCGCAGGUCGUGGACACAGUGGUUCUGAAUGCCCAGUGGUGAGGCGAGGCCUUCUGGGCAGCCCUGCACGCUGUGGCCUCUCCACUCCUGUCGUCCUUGCACUCACCUCUUUCCUCAUCUUUCUCGCACCCUCAUUUGCAUGAACAGUCAGACCACCUCUUUGGUAGACUUGGGCAUUUUUCUAGUGUAGAUGCUGUGUGUGUGUGUGUGUGUGUGUUCAUAUAAGUGUGCAUGCAUGUGUGUAGGAUCCAGAGUGUAAUCAUGGUGCUGUUGGGUUCAUGGUUCAUUAAUUAAAAGUUCCUUAGCAAGCCGGGGUGCAGCUCAGAACAUGUGCCUAACAUGGAGGGCAAAUGAAAGCUGCUCAGAAUGUUCUCUGAUGCAGACAGCUGUGUGGUGUUGGGCAGCCUGGCAGGCUGGGAGGGGCUUCAGGUUAUUUCCUCACUAACAGAUGACCUCUGCCCUGUCCCUGUCACC